ACUUAAACCACUGAGCCACACUGGUACCCAGCUCUACCUUUCUUUUGCAUCUGAUGCUGAGGAGGAGGAGGAGGAAAUCUUGAUCCGUUGCCUGAAUCUGGGACUCCAGGACACUUUUUUUAAGGUGGGGAGGUUCAACACUGGCAGUCAGACUGUUACUCAUUUUAUCUAAUAUAUUGUCUAUAUGUAUUUAAAAGUGCUGUGCAAAAGUUAAGUCUGAUUAUUUCUAAUGAGACGAACUACAGAUUCAGUCCAAAAUGGAGUCAUUGGGACCAGGAUUCUGUUGCCAUCAGAGGACAACCAGAAAUCUCACUGGGGAAGCCCACAAAGAGAUGAUGUUCCUGUUGAUGAAUGCAACAUCCUCAUUUUGUCCAUCCUCACAAUUCACCCGGAAAGAGCCUGGCUCCAUGACAGACUUUCUACCCCUUCGUCCAAAAAGUGCCCCCGGCCAUGGAAGGAAUCUGGCCCGUUUGGUAUGUGUGCCACCUGAGAACUGAUGGCUUGGGCUUAAGUUAUGUUUUAUCUCAAUGAGCAACAUUCAAUGGUGACACAGAAUGGUCUUUGUGUCCCAUGACGUGGCAAUGUCUCUGCGCUCUGAAAGUAUCGAUCAGCGCAGCCCCGAAUGUGUUUCAAUUGGGAGUCUGCUGCAGGGCCUUCGGCACGAGGGGUCAAUACUGUCCUUGCAUCCACCACCGCUUCACCGCCCAUCUCUUUCUUUCCUCACUCAAAAGUCACCCCAGGAACUGGACAGAAACCCAGACCUGCCGUUGACCAGAUGCUGCAGAUCCCCAGAAUUUAAUCCUGACUCUUUCCUGGGAGGCUGCAAAUUGCUCCUUGCGCAGCCAUGAUGGACGACGAGGACGCCAUGAGCGAGAGAGGCCUCAGCACCUCCAGGAUGAGAUAUGAUGACGAAGAAGCAGACUACCAUUCGAUCUACAUUGGGGUGCCAGUCCCACGCGGGUACAGGAGGAAACGGCGCAGGAGGAGGUCCGUCUCCAGCCGGGACAAAAACGGGGAAGACGAAAGGCAUUACGAGCGGCAGGACCGGUCCGAUACAGACGAAGGCGGGAGGAUUAGCUAUGAGAACGGGAACGACAACGCCAGCCGGACAAUGUCUCCGGCCGCGGAGCGACUCCGUUAUAUCCUUGGAGAAGAUGACGAUCCCCCAAACCCCACAUUGUUCACCGAAAUGGACACGCUCCAACACGACGGGGAAGAAAUGGAGUGGAAGGAGUCAGCCAGGUGGAUCAAGUUUGAAGAGAAGGUGGAAGAAGGAGGGGAGCGUUGGAGCAAGCCCCACGUCUCUACUUUGUCGUUGCACAGCCUCUUUGAGCUCCGCACUUGCCUCCAAACAGGGACCGUCCUCCUCGACCUCGACGGCUACUCCUUGCCGCAGAUCAUAGACGACAUCAUUGAAAAGCAAAUAGAAGAUGGACUCUUGAAGCCAGAACUGCGGGAGAAAAUCAGCUAUGUCCUCCUAAGGAAACACCGGCACCAAACCAAGAAGCCCAUCCACCGCUCUCUGGCCGACAUGGGAAAAUCCGUCUCAAACACCAAUCGCAGUCCGGUCCGGAGCCCAGCAGCAGGAGCCAGCUUCCACCGUUCUUCCGAAGACCUCCGGAUGAGGCAAAGUGCGAGUUACGGACGAUUACGCCAUGCACAAAGCAGGAGCAUGAACGACAUCACGGACACACCGAGCACAGACCAGCUCAAGAACAAAUUCAUUAAGAAGAUCCCCAAAGACGCGGAGGCCUCGAAUGUCCUGGUGGGCGAAGUGGACUUCCUGGACAAGCCCUUCGUGGCCUUUGUCCGGCUCAUCCAGUCCACCAUGUUGGGCGGCGUGACAGAGGUCCCCGUCCCGACCAGGUUCCUCUUCAUCCUUUUGGGUCCCACUGGAAAAGCAAAAUCCUACAAUGAAAUUGGCCGCGCCAUCGCCACUCUCAUGGUGGACGACUUGUUCAGUGACGUUGCCUACAAAGCGAGGGACAGAGAUGACCUGAUAGCUGGCAUAGAUGAGUUUUUGGAUGAAGUCAUUGUUCUUCCUCCUGGAGAAUGGGAUCCAAAUAUUAGGAUAGAGCCACCCAAGAAAAUCCCUUCGGCUGAAAAGAGGAAAUCUGUGUUUUCCCUGAGCGACGCAGGGCAGAUGAAUGGGGCGGCCGGUGGAGCCGGAGGAGGAGGAGGAGGUGGAGGAGGAGGAGGUGGCAGUGAAGAUGAAGAGAUGCCAGCCGUACAUGAAAUUGGGGAGGAACUGGUCUGGACUGGGAGGUUUUGCGGUGGCCUGUUUUUGGAUAUCAAGCGGAAACUGCCCUGGUUCCCGAGCGAUUUCUACGAAGGUUUUCAUAUCCAAUCGAUAUCUGCGAUCCUCUUCAUCUACCUUGGCUGCAUCACAAAUGCCAUUACCUUUGGCGGGUUGCUGGGCGAUGCCACGGAAAACUACCAGGGAGUCAUGGAGAGCUUCCUUGGCACAGCGAUGGCGGGUGCCAUGUUCUGCUUCUUCGCUGGGCAGCCCCUCAUCAUCUUGAGCAGCACCGGACCCAUCCUCAUCUUUGAAAAACUGCUCUACGAUUUCAGCAAAGGCAAUGGCAUAGACUACAUGGAGUUCCGCCUCUGGAUCGGCUUGCAUUCUGCCCUGCAGUGCCUUAUCCUGGUGGCCACCGAUGCCAGCUUCAUCAUCAAGUACAUCACCCGCUUCACGGAGGAAGGCUUCUCCACCCUCAUCAGCUUCAUCUUCAUCUACGACGCCAUCAAGAAGAUGAUCGGGGCCUUUAAGUACUACCCCAUCAACUCGGACUUCAAGCCGGACUACGUCACCAUGUACAAGUGCGAGUGCAUUGCGCCAGACCCAGUGAAUACCACCUUGUUCAAUGCUUCAGCUCCACUGGCACCAAACAACACUAACAUCUCUGUGUACAACCCCCUUAAUGUCACAGCUCUGGACUGGACUCAGCUGAGCAAAAAGGAGUGCUUGAAAUACGGAGGGAACCUUGUGGGGAAGUCCUGCAAAUUUGUCCCGGAUUUGGCCCUCAUGUCUUUCAUCCUCUUCUUUGGGACUUACUCCAUGACUUUGACUCUGAAAAAAUUCAAGUUCAGCCGCUACUUUCCAACAAAGGUCAGGGCCUUGAUAGCUGAUUUCUCCAUUGUCUUCUCCAUCCUGUUCUUCUGUGGGAUAGACGCCUGUUUUGGACUGGAAACCCCCAAGUUGCAUGUGCCCAGUAUCAUUAAGCCGACCCGCCUGGACCGAGGGUGGUUCGUGUUCCCCUUUGGAAAGAACCCGUGGUGGAUCUACUUGGCCAGCGCACUCCCAGCUCUCUUGGUCACCAUCCUGAUCUUCAUGGACCAGCAGAUCACCGCCGUCAUCGUGAACAGAAAGGAGCACAAGCUCAGGAAAGCAGCCGGCUACCAUCUGGACCUCUUCUGGGUUGGCAUCCUGAUGGCCAUCUGCUCCUUCAUGGGGCUCCCGUGGUACGUGGCGGCCACCGUCAUUUCCAUCGCGCACAUCGACAGCCUGAAGAUGGAGACGGAGACCAGUGCGCCGGGAGAGCAGCCUCAGUUCCUGGGAGUCAGGGAGCAGAGGGUCACCGGGAUCAUUGUCUUUGUCCUGACCGGGAUUUCUGUCUUCCUGGCUCCUAUUUUAAAGUACAUCCCGAUGCCUGUGCUGUACGGCGUCUUUCUCUACAUGGGAGUUGCCUCGCUCAAUGGCAUCCAGUUCUGGGACCGUUGCAAGCUCUUCCUGAUGCCAGCCAAGCACCAGCCUGACUACGUCUACCUCCGGCACGUUCCCUUGCGGCGGAUCCACCUCUUCACCGUGGUCCAAAUCGUCUGCCUGGCCGUCCUCUGGAUCCUGAAAUCCACGGUGGCCGCCAUCAUCUUCCCUGUCAUGAUCUUAGCCCUGAUCUUAGUCCGGAAGAUGCUGGACCUGAUCUUUUCCCAGCAUGACUUGGCUUGGAUAGACAACAUCAUCCCUGAGAAGGACAAGAAGAAGGAGGACGACAAGAAGAAGAAGAAGAAAAAGAAAGGCAACAAAGGGGAGGAGGAGAGCUCUGACGAGCCCAAGUUCCCAUCUCCCUCUGUCAUUACAAUCCCAAUGGAAACCGUCCCACCAGAAUCCCAAAACAGUGUCCGUUGUGUUCCCAGAAAGAGGUCUUUCAGUUGGAGCGUUGCAUUCUGAUUCUUCUCCGAACGGGUCAGACCUGGACCGCAGGUAAACGCAUUACGCUUCACCUGAAGAUCUCCUGCCCAUCUUCUCCUGCCUUUAACUACUCCCGAAACCCCAUCUGUGCCGUUCCGCAGGUGAAGAUAGAGAUGGAGUCGGAUUAUGAAGACACCGACACGGAAAAACACGCGCGGGACAUGGGCAGCGAGACCACGCUAUAGUCCCAGCGCUGCUCCCUUUGCUCUUAUAUAGAUAUAAAUAUAUACAUACCGGUCACAGUUUUGUUUUUCUCUCUGCGUGAGACUGAGGAGGGGAGCCCUGGGCCCUUGGCCCUCUUCCUCCGCUCUGAAAUUUAACACCUGAAAAGUAGACUAUUUGUGGACCUCUCUCCUGUUUUGGCCAGGUGCAAGGAUGAAAACCUAACAUGAGAUCUGUCCCGGCGAAUGGGAUUCAUACUUCAGGACUUUGGGAACAAAUGAACUUACCUGGUUUUG